AUGAGCGAGUCGGAGUUGCAGCAGCUGCAGGUCCUUUGCGAGGCUAUGUACUGCGGAAAUAAGGAAGAGCAAAACCAAGCGCACACGAUACUGCUGCCCCUAGUGAACAAUGUAGGGAACGUAAGCAAAUUGAAAAACAUCCUGGGGAACACGAGCCACGUGCACACGCUAAUUUUCACGACGUCGGGGUUGCUCCAGUUAAUCACAAAUGAGUGGAACAAAAUUGAGCAGAACGAGAAGGAUGAGUUGAAGGAAUUCGUCCUGUCCUACCUAUACAACAAGGGGAUGGAUAUUUUAAAUUUAUCGUCCAACGUGUUAGGAAAUUUAGUGAGGCUGUACGUGCGCAUAGUAAAACUGUCUUGGCUGGAAAAUACGAAUUACUCACUGAUCAUAAAGCAAGUGGAUUACUUCCUAAAUUCAGUAACGAGUCAUUGGAUAAUCGGGUUAUACAUUUACGCAGCGUUAAUAGAAGAUAUGCACCCCCAAUGUGGAGUGAACUCAGCGAAAAACAGGAGGUGCGCCAUCUCCUUUAGGGACUACGUACUGAAGGAUAUAUUCAAAGUGGGCAUAGAAACUCUGGAGGAGUUUGUAAAGGGGAGCAUACGGAUAGAAUUACGAAUGGAUGAAAAUCGGUUGCUCAUUAAAAUAUUAGAAUUAAUAUACAACAGUUUGUCCUUCGAUUUUAUGGGCACCAUGAUAAACGACGAAAGUUCAGAUGAAAAUGUAUCCCUCAUGAUACCCCAAUCAUGGGACAUCUUUAAUGAGAAAAACAUUCCCAAGUUAUUUUUUGACAUGUACGAAAUUUGCAUGUCUGAUGAGGAUGACCUGCGCAACUGUUGUGGGAAGUACUGCCUUCGAUCGUUGAUACUCCUUGGGGGGUUGAGGAAAACUUUUUUUUCCAGUGAAAAACAAAAGACACAUUAUAUGAAUGAAUUUUUGGGGGGACUUAAUAACAUUAUUGAAAAGAAGAUUGGACUCCAUGAUGAGGAUUGCUUCCACGAGUUGUGCAGACUGAUAGGAAAAAUUGACACGAGCAUUCGGCUGCAAGAAUUGAGCACCUACCCGAACUUUCUCUCCUGGUGCCACAACAUAUAUUUGUUCACCGUGGACGGAAUGAAGAACUGGAAGUACCUCUGCAACAGCAAGCAUUACCUGCUGGGCAUUUGGAGCAACAUGCUAAACAUCAUCCCAGCUAAAGUAAUAAAGGAAAUAAAUAGCCGCACGGAUGAAAACGAACUGCUGAAGGACGUCCUGAACAACAAGAAUAUUUUUUUGAAGAAGAACCCCAUUUCGAACAGCUUCAGUUCGCACGACAUUGAUAAUAAAUUUUUGAUCAUUUGCGAUUACAUCUACGACAUCAGCAUGAUUUUUAUCAACACGCGGUUGGAGCUAGCCAAGUACAUUUGCGAGAAGGGGGACAACUGCGAAAUGGAGAACCCCCUCUACAAUGACGUUUUAAGAAGUGAGCAACUGGAGCUCAUUUCGAACCUGUCUAAGUUGCAAUACCAUUUUAUCGGGGCCAAAUUGCUCUCCAUCUUUUACGAGCUAAAACACAGCCACGAAAAUAACCUGAUCAGCAAGACGGUGUUCAUUGAACAAACCACGUGGCUAGUUUUCAUCAUCGCCUCCAUCAUCUCGAGCAGCGCCGUAACCAACAUGAAGAGCGCCUCGUAUGACAAUUUUAAGAUAAACUCGGAGCUGUGCUUUUUGGUGUUCUCCCUCAUGGAGCAGACCAACAAGUCGGCCGAAGUUUUUGAGUACCUCGAAUUUGCCUACCUGAACUGCUUGGAGCUUUUCAAAAAGAUCUACAUCAGUGGGAAGAAGAAUAAUAACUUUCUCAAGGAGAUGAAAUGUGUGGCCAUGCGAGUUGCCACCCCCUCCAGUGGGAUUGGCUCUGCUGGGGACAGUGGCGCCAAUCCAGGUGCAGCAGAUCACCCGUUGCAAAUCUCAAGUAUGAUACCUUCCGACGGUGUGAGCAGCAACGGGUUGGCCUUCCCCUCCAGCAGUGCAGCAAAUAAUGUCGCCUCCCCGAUGAUGAAUAACAACAUGAAUAAUUUUUCCACCCCGUCGUUGAUCACAAAUCAGGAGGACGAAGAGAGCAAUGACCCACUUAUAGACCUAAUCGUUAGCAAGAUCCUCUUCAAUUUGAACAACCGAACCGAUUGCGAGCAGAUAGUGAAGCGAAGUCUGGACCUGUUUCACGACUUAGUGUCCGGCAUGAACAUCGUUUGCCUGGAGGAUAAAACGCCCAAACUUAUAGUCUUCGCGAGGAUGCUACUGAAAAAUGAAAAGGUGCUAAGUCUACUGCACAAUCGAAACAGCAAAUUUUUGAAGAUAGCCAAUUAUUAUAAGUACAGAACGAAUUAUUACUUAAUAUUGACGAAGCUUCUGUUUAUGGAGCAGAACCUCGUCUCGUCAUCCUUCGAAAAGUAUAUCCUACCAAUUAACAACCUACUGGAGUGCAUCAAGAGAGAAAUAAGCCUCAAUGGGAAAGACAUCAUUUUGAAGAAUAACGAAAUAAAGCUGUCCUUCAUUGGGGUACUCAGAGAUUUGAGAGGAAUCUGCAUGGCGUGUAACAACGUAGAGACGUACAAUAUGUUUUUCAACUUCUUUAUUAAUAGCUACCCUUUGGAGGAUAACCAGAUGAAUAUUCUCACCUCCUUGGUGGAUGUCAUAUGGGACAGCUACGAUAUAUGCAUCCCGUUCCUCAAAUUCAUGUGCGAAUUUGUAUACAACAAAUCGCAGAGAAUCACCUUCCCCAAAUCGUCCCCCAACGGAAUACUGCUCUUCAAAGUUGUUUCGAAUAUCCUCAUUAUCAUUUCAAAUAAUUUGCUGCAAAAGGAAAAGUUCAUGGAUCUGUAUAAGGAGAAAUACAAAAUUAUAUCUCUCCUCCUGAAUAUGUUUAACAAUUGCCUAAAUGGAGACUUCGUCAAUUUUGCCAUCUUCGAUUUGUAUAAUGAUGACAUUUUGAAUAACUCCCUUAACUUGGCUCUGAACAUGUGCCUGGUCAUCCCCACGAACGAUUUGCUCUCCUACAUAAAGCAUUUGAAGCCCUAUUUCUCCUUUCUCGAUUUAGUUACGAAGAAUUUUUUCCAGCGGAUUUUGAACCUCGAAUUUCAGCUCAUCGCUGAUAUUAUUCACAACGUGAAGGAGGGCCUCUGCUCCUUCGACUACACCGUCUCCAUGACCUGCUGCUCCAUCCUCGACAACAUCGUCACGUAUAUUUUCACCAACCGGAAGAACUCCAACGAGCAGGGCCAGAUCAUAAAGAACUUCCUGGAAAGCCAGCCGCAAGCCCUCAAGGAGGUGCUCAACCUGAUGUUCCACUUGAUACUGGGAGGCGACUUUGGCAGCACCUGGAGCAUGUCGCAGCCGCUACUGGGGCUAAUACUGCUCGACGCCCAGGGGUACUUCAAAAUACAGGAGCAGCUCAUUUCGCAGCAGAGCGAGGAGAAGAAGCAGAAGCUGAGACACAGCUUUUGCAAAUUAAUGGACCACAUUGAGUCCAAUUUGGCCCCCAACAACAGGGAAAACUUCACGAGAAACCUGUACACCUUUGCCCAAGAAAUUAGGAACAUCUUAAUUUAG